AAGGAAUUUUGAUCAGGCGUAGAUGCAGUUCAAUCAUUCGUCACGAUCAACAUACGACCUUUUUGAUUGAGGUAAUUGCUAUUUGUAUCGUCUUGCUUGAUUUUGUUUUCUUUUCCUGUUUUCCAUCUCUCUAUAUAUGUGAUUUAAUAUGGCAAUGAUGCUGAAAACAAUUAAAAUUCUGUUAAGUUUGAUGAUUAAAUGGAUAACUAACUUGAGGACAUUUAAGAACAGUAGGUUGGUUUCUUAAAACUACAAAAAUGCAGAAUUAAUUACAAGUUAUAUCUAAUACCAGUCUCGUAAUAGCUCUGAAUAGAUWGAAUUCGUGGGCACAAGUUAGAAUGAAACAAUAUGAGGAUCAAUAUGGUAUGAGUAGGAGCCCACUGGAGUAUAAAUUUGAUCUUUUAAAUUAUGUUAGGAUAUGUGGAAAUUGAAACCGAUUAAAUCUCUCUCUACCAGGGUCUUCAUGGAAACAAUUGUUCUACUUUUUGAGGUAGAGAUCAGGAAUUCCACCCCCGACCUCAUAUCCAGGUGGGAUAUACUGGGUUUGUUUGGUUUGGUUUGGUUUGAAUCUCUAUCUAAAGAKCCCUUACAAGUAAAAAGAAUGUUGGGAACUGGUACCAGAACRUUCUCGAGUACCAAUAUCACAAUCGAAAAACAAUAACACGGAAUAUACAGAGGAUUGGCAAACGUAUACUAACAACGAGAACAACAAAUACAAACACAAUGGCAAUGAUCAAAACAACCAAACUAACAAUAGCAAUGUAAAUCCAACCACAAAAYGAGAUUUAAUGUGGUUCCACUAUCGAUGUGGUAGUGUACUUCCACAAAAGAGGAGAUGAGUUGUAUCAACUAAAGAAUCAAACCAAAUACAAAGUGUUACCUUACAAAUGUGAUCAAGAAGCUCAAGAUCUUCAGAAGCUUGCUAAAAACAGAAAUACAAGGAUUUGAUAAUUGAUWUGAAUCAAAUAAAGUUACUGAGACCAUGAAACUUACCCGUUCAGGUCACCUUUUUCUUUUCCUGAACUAUGGAAGUGUGUAUGCUAAAAGAUGGUGUACAUUUAUUCUCCCUGUUCAGUAAAAGUUUGUGACUGGCAUUAUCCCAGUAUAUUACUAAACACAAAAUUUGUUUUUUAAUUGCACUGUGUAUACAACUUACAAAUUUUGAGUUUACUAAUUCAUGGUAGUCAAACAAUAUCCCUUUUCUCUAGAACUGGAGGAGGAUCAUCAACGUUGAACUGUAAAUGUAGGUAGUUAAGAGGAUCUUGUUUUGAUAUUUGGCUUAAAAUUGAMUUUGUUUGACACAUGGCACACUAUUUCAGGAUCUCGUUUCAUUAUUCAGUUUCUUGGCCAACCUGCAAAGUGAGUUCGAUAUGAGCUCCAUAGAAGCAAGUUGCAGCAUAAUGACUUCAGAUCCGGAAGCAGACUUUGUACACCACAUAGCCUUAUUUGCAGCCCUUCUUUGUGCUUGCAUAGUAAUUGGUCAUCUCCUUGAAGAAAGUAAAUGGAUGAAUGAAUCUAUAACUGCUCUUGCAAUUGGCUUAGGCACAGGAAGUAUUAUUUUACUAACUUCUGGUGGUAAAAGCUCGCACAUAAUGGAAUUCAAGCAGGAGUUUUUCUUUAUAUAUCUCCUUCCACCAAUUAUAUUCAAUGCUGGGUUUCAGGUUAAAAAGAAACAAUUUUUCCAGAAUUUCACGACUAUUACCUCAUUUGGAGCCAUUGGUACUUUGAUAUCCUUUGCCAUCAUUUCGUUUGGUGCGACACGUUUGUUCCCUAAACUGGGCAUUGGUUACCUUGACAUGAAGGAUUAUCUUGCACUUGGAGCCAUCUUUUCUGCAACAGAUUCUGUUUGCACUUUGCAGGUUCUUAAUCAGGAAGAAACACCACUAUUAUACAGUCUAGUAUUUGGGGAGGGUGUGGUUAAUGAUGCCACAUCUGUGGUACUUUUCAAUGCAAUUACGAAAUUUGACCUAUCAGACAUGAAUACAAUCAUUGCCCUAAAAUUUGCUGGAAAUUUCUUGUCAUUAUUCGUGUUAAGUACUUUGUUGGGAGUUUCUGUAAGUCUUUCUUCUCUCUCUCUCUAUCCCUCUCUCUCUAUAUAUAUAUAUACACACAUACACAUAUAUUUAUCUUUUGUUAAUCAGGGGUGCACGAAGGAAUCGUCCAAAGGUUCCCACAAGACAUUUAAGUUUGCAGGGUCUGAGGAAGCCAUGCAGCCAGCAAAUGCAUUAUUGAUCACCAGCACCAUCAUUGUUGUUCUUUUCAGUACCAUSGUGUUCGGAUUGUUGACUAAGCCAAUCGUAAAGUUGUUGAUGCCGCAAUCAUCAAGCGUCGACCACUCGCAACCGUCGAGUCCGACGACAUCGAUCAUGAUGCCACUUUUAGGGCAUAGCAUACAUGUUCUAGAAACUGAAAUCAGAGAUGAUGAUGAUGAUGAUGAUGAAGAAAAUGUACCAAUUACGACCAGUCUACACAUCCUAUUUAACAACCCUACAAACACCAUUCAUCAUUACUGGAGAAAGUUCGAUGAUGCAUUCAUGCGUCCACUUUUUGGUGGAAGAGGAUUUAUUUCUUAUGUUACUGGCACCCGUGAUGUAACAUUAAUUUAACAAUCAUUUUAUGACACAUCAUCAUCAUCCGGUUAUUUUUUUUUACUGAUUAAUUUUAAUAUUUUCUUUGAUAAUUGGUGGAAUAAGUUAUGUAUCUUAUAAUGACCGGUGAGACGGAGUUGAGACAUGAAAAUAGGGAAUCGUGAUUUUUUCUGUUUCUUGUACAUAGUAGGGGGAAUCUUGUUGAAUUCAGUCACACGUAGA